AUGUUUCAAUCGAUCAAAAACCGCUAUACGCAGUUGCCAUUGUUCGAACAAAUCCACGGGACAUCUGCUGCUCCUGGCCGGAUCUUUUUCCAGAUCAUUGUGCUGCAAGUUUUCUACUACUUGACAGCAAUUGUGCUGUUCUUUGCGACGGCCAAACUGCUGGGUUUGCCAUUCUCGUUGCGGUGGUGCUUUUCGUGGGAAUGGGUCUCGCUCGAAAACACGUUGGGACUCACAUUGGCGGCCCUGUGGCUGUUGGAUGCAUUGAUGAGUGUCAUCUUCAUCACCAUCAUCAUUGGCCGGUCGAAGCUGGCCUGGGACUACGCGCUAACCGUUCACGUGGUGAACCUGCUACUGGUCUGGCUGAACUCCGGGUUCCCAAAAAGUAUAUAUUGGUGGCUUUUACAGGUGGCCAGUUGCGGAAUCAUGGUCACUCUGGGUACAUGGACAACUCGUUGGAAAGAGCUGCGAGAAACGUUUUUCGAAGGAAUAGCCGACACCGAGCUGGGCCAGAUCCAAGAAAGCUCGUCAACGCCCGAAUCGACUGCCAAAUAG